UUCCGCAUUGCACACUGACUGUCACUGGACAGUAAACUGUUAAUCGAUAGACUCGAGCAUGAAUAACGCGCAGUAGUAGGUAGCAUCGCAGAGAUUAAUGUACACAACCUUAUUCAUAUACCUAAAGAACUACACCUUUAUUGUUCUCCUAUUUUGACGAUGUCUUCAUCGAGAGUAUAAUGGAGAACGAGGAAGAGGCUCCUGUUCGAAUCAUCUCCACUGUCCGAGCAUUGAACUCGGCAUUACGGGUGAAGCUUCGGGAUGAAGCCGAGACUACGCGUGCUUGUGGUGGAGGCAGGGUCCCGAAUGAGCCGGAGAAGCUCUGGUUCAAAGAAAGCAGUGCGAAGAAUCUCCGGAACCGAGACUUCCUUUCGCCAAACACGGUUUUAACUGCUCUGUACGAAGGUGGACAGGUGCCACCAGCAGUGCUGAAUAAUGUGCUGUCAGCACAUGGAAGUGGUGUGUUGCCACUGAAUGGAGCUGAAGUAGUGGCAGAAGGUCUGCGUGUGUGUGUCGACCACCCGGCUGCUUUCCGGAGAGUUCUGAGCCGAGCGGCCGACUACCUUCGCCCGUCGGCGUCCCAGAGGGAAGGGUGUGUGCUGCUCAACUGUCCUGCACUGCACACCAGAGACACACACAUCACCUCACACACUCUUACGCUGGGACAGCUACGCACAGUUCUCAUUGCAGACCAUCUGGGCGUUCUUCUGAGAAGACAUGGGUACUCUGUUUCGUACUGCCCGGCUCUGCCAGAAGACAGUGACAUCGUCAACUUCCUCCAGGCGCUGGGUGUUGAUUGGCCAACUGUGCCCGGCGGCAGCUGGACCAAUGAGGAGAGAGAGCAGAGAGUGCUCAAGGAGCUGCGCGGCUCUCCCCACCGAGAGAGGGAGUGUGAGAAAGAGAAGAGGAGAAGCGGAGGAGAAGAGCUGGAGAGAGGGCAGCACAGAGGAGAAGACGAGGAGGUGAAGAUUAACCUGAAGGAGGUGGUUCAGGAGCAGGGCCUUCUGGGAUACGACCCCAGCCUGGGCACCUGCACAGUCCAAAAGGAGGCGAUAGCCCACCUGGCCCAGUUGGACAGAGUAGCCGCAGCAGCUGACCAUUCGGUCGCCAUGACUGUCCUGCAUGUCACUUCCUGUCAGGAUGAGUUCCGUCAGCAGCAGACAGCGAUGCUCUGGAGGGCGUCUGGCGCCACGGCAACGCAGAGACUAGUGGUGUGUGGGCCAGUCAAGACCCCAGGAGUGCAGCUCAGCGCUGCCCAGUAUUUACAAUUGAGGAGAUCCCAGAUGAAGGAGGCAUCUGAAAUGAAAUAUGGAGACCAGGUUGGAGGACAGACAUGGGAUGACAUCAUCAGGGUCAUGACCUCUGCCACGGUCAGAUUUGAGCUGUUGUCAACUGUUCACACUAGUCCAGUGACUCUGGAAGUGCAGAGAGAGGGGGGCGUGUCCACCAAGGGCCCAAGGGGCGGAGUCUUUGUGAUGUAUAACUGUGCACGCCUGCACACGCUCUUCAGCAGCUAUGAGAAAGGAGUGCAGGAAGGAAUUUACCCAGAAAUCCCUGAGAGCUCUGAGCUGGACUUCUCCUCGUUGAAAGAAGAGGGGGAGUGGCUCCUUCUUUUCAAUUACCUCAUUCCAUAUUCAGAACUUCUGGACCAAUCAGGGAGAACACUGGAAGUUGAGGGAGGAGGGGUCAGAGUUAACCUUAAGACUGAACAAGUGUGCAAGUUUCUGGUGUCUUUGAGUAAAGACUUCAGCUCCUACUACAACAGGGUCCAUGUGCUUGGGGAGCCAUUGCCUCAUCUCUUCAAUCAGAUGUUUUGUCGGCUGCUGUUGCUGCGUGCUCUGAGAGAGCUCUACCACAGUGCGCUGGACGCCCUCAACUUGCCCCCCAUCCCACAGCUAUAGCCCCAACACACACACACACACACACCAACCCAGUCGCCAUGCCACGUUUGCCCCGGCAGCAGACUCCACCCCACUGCUGCUGCCCCCAUUCCGUGCCCCCAUAGAUGCCCACUGAGCUCAGAGACCCGGCCAUGCUGUAGCUGAGCCUCCGUGUCCACGCCGUGCCACGGUCAUCUCCCUCAAUGCCACGUCCAUCCCGCCGCCCCCCCCCCCCCCCACCCCCCACAUCCACUGCUUGGGAGUCUUGUCAGUGACCACAGCAGCCAUUCUCCUGACUGGUCUAGUGCUAAAGGGCCACCCCCAACACGCUUUAGUCCUCUUAGGUCUCAAACUAUUUAUUAUGAAGUACUUUACUGCCCCCUUGGUCCAUGGUCCAUGACCACUGCCCCGGUGUCAUCACAUAAACACUGCCGUUGUUUUGGUUGGUGCAUCACCUUCACUGCCCGUCCGUUUCCACAUCUGGCAUGUUUUGGUGUCUGUCGUGUCGACAGUUAAUUGUUGUCCCCCCCUUUAAUAUUCUCUGUUACCUCUCUGGCUUACUCUUUAACAGUCUGUGUCCUUAGUGAUCCACCCUGACCCCUUCUGUGUCCCUCACAAUCCCGUAAGCCCAAGUUCACAGCCCGCUGCCCAGUCUCCCACGACUGGUCAUCUGUGUGGUCAGUCCCCAGCACCUACCUACUGUAGCACGCGACCUGCUCUCACAAGCAGUGCUCCACCCUAGACCCCUUCCCUUGAUCUCUCACUGAUUAGUUAGCUGUUACAGUAGCUCACAAAGCAGCAGACACUUCUGUAAUCCUCACCAGUUUCACUCCAGCACCACCGAUGUCUUAUCUCUAGGUAGACUCCCGUCAGCACCAUAGGAACCAGCACCAUAGAUGUCCCCCCCCCCCCACUCCACUGCCCAUGUGUCUUGAUGGUGCUCCACGCCGCCCCCCCAUGAUUCUGCUGUGCCAUAGCACCCAGCACACAUCCUCUGUGUAACUCAGUGCCAUGAAGGGCUGUUGCGACAGCUCAGAUAGACCUGUGCCAUAAACUAGACUGUUCUCUCUCUCUCUUUGUGUGUGAGGUAAGAGUGUGCACUGUAUGUGUGAGAGCACACAUCUCUCAUGAUGUCCUUAUAUGUGUUUAACAUAAUUUUAAUGUGUUUGACCACCCACAUAAAUCUGACCAAUAAAUCAGUGACCACAGUGAUG